AUGGGCGAGAAUGAUUUGGUUAAAGUGUUGGUGACAUCGCUGACCAAUGUGGCAGUCGACCGUAUCCUGCUUGGUCUACUCGAAUACCGAUACAAGGAUUUCUACCGUAUUGGAAGUGUCAAGAGAAUAGCCAAACCAAUCAUCAGAUACACUAUUCACAGUGGCGCCGGUGGUAGUGGGAUUAGCACGUCAGAUGAUGACAUGCUCAAAGAGAUUAGGUCAAUGUUGAAAACUGAAACCGACGAAAAGAGCAGAAAACUGUUGGAACUGGAAAUAGAGGAUAUUGAUUCGGGUAGAUAUAUCAAUCGUCAAAAGGGACUGGCUGCAAGCCGUGUGAUUGGUACAACCUGUGCGUCGUCGACAUCGUCAAUGUUGGCAGACAUGACAUUCCCCAUUGUAUUCUUGGACGAGUGUAGUCAAAUCACAGAACCACUGUCUUUACUACCGUUGUGUAAGAGUCGGUGUGAACGACUCGUUGCAGUUGGUGAUCCACUCCAACUCGAGCCUACACUCCAUUCAAAACCAUCGCAACAUGUAUUGGAUACUGGUGGGUUGGAGAAAACACUCUAUGUGAGAUUAUCCAAGCUCGGACUACAACCUGUUAUUCUCAAGACACAGUAUCGGUGUCACCCUCGAAUCAGUGCGCUCUCCAACAAGCUUUUCUACGACAAUGCACUCAACGAUGGCAUCCUACCUGCUUCUCGACCUCCCCUCAUCUCCAACCUUUCACCCAUCACUCUCAUUGAAUCUGAUAUUGGAUCGGAACAACAUGAUAGUUUUACCGGUGGUUUUUACAAUGACGGUGAAGCAAAUCUUAUAUUUUCAAUGAUUGAUAUUCUAACUAGAAAUGGUAUUAAAGAAUCUCAAAUUGGUGUUAUUUGUUUUUAUAAAGCACAAGCAUUUAAAAUGGCAACAUCAUUUAAAGAGAAAAAGAAAAAAGAAAAAACAUUUCAAAAAGAAACAGCUAUAAGUGAUUAUGAUGAUUAUUUUGGCGGUGCAGAAGAAACAGAAGAAAAAAAAAUGGAUCAUCAAUCAAAUGUGACUAACAAUCCUAAUAUUCCACCUGCUCUAGUCACUCAAAAAAAACAAAAAAAGACUUUAUCAAGUAAAGAUUUAUUGGGAGAUGAUGAUGAUGAAGAAUUAAAUAGAUUGGUUGAAAUGGAAGGAGGAGGAGAGGGUGAUGAAGAGGAUCAAGGAAAAAAGGAUGAUAUGGAAGGUUUAAAGAUUAGUACAGUCGAUGCAUUCCAAGGUGCUGAAAGAGACAUUAUUAUAUUUAGUUGUACUAGAACAUCUACAUUUGCUCAAGGGUUUCUUGAUAAUCCCCAAAGAUUAAAUGUUGCCAUUACCAGAGCCAAAAACCAUUUUGUCAUUGUUGGUAGAUCAAAAUUACUAUCAACCAAUGCAACUUGGAAAACAAUCAUUCAAUCUUGUCAAACUGGUAUUAUAGGUUCAAAUCUAUCAAAAACUAAAUCCUUCUAA